AUGGGUGGCGGCGAAGAUUCCACGAGCAAGAGCUCAUACCCUGUCCUGGCUGCUCAUCCCAAGGGCCAGUGGAUCACCAACCUUUACCGCGACCGAAUCGGACAGUUUACGGGCGGUGGGCAAUAUCAAAAUGAGAACCUCCGUUCCAUGCUGCAUGAGGCCGAGGUCUCGGGCGAACCCCACGUAAAGAUAUCCGUCUGGCAUGCCCCAGAUCUUACCCGUCCUACCUUUAAAGACGCAACAUCGCACACGUUCGAGAAAACCUCGGUUGGCCAAUCUUUCGGGCCGUCCUGGUCUACCCAUUGGUUCAAAGUCGCACUUACUGUGCCUGAUGACCUGCAUGACAAGGAGCACCUCGAGCUUCACUGGGACGCUAACAACGAGGGUAUGGUCUGGUCUGAGGAUGGGCGCCCUCUCCAAGGCCUCACGGGAAGUGGUGAACGUGUUGAGUGGAUUCUCCCCAACGAUUUCCGUGACGGCAAAGAACACAUCAUCUACAUUGAGAUGGCGUGCAACGGCAUGUUUGGUUGCGCACCCGGUGGUGACUCUAUCCAGCCGCCGGAUCCCAACAAGAGGUAUCAACUUUCCAAGGCUUCCAUUGUAGCUGUGAAUUUGCAAGCCCGUGCCCUUCACAUCGAUAUCUGGAUCAUCGGUGAUGCCGCGCGAGAACUCCCGGAUAACUCUCCUGGAAAGCAUCGCGCCCUCGACGCUGCCACGAGGAUCCUCAAUACCUUUGUUAAAGGUGACAAAGAAUCCAUUGUCAGGUGCCGAAAGAUAGCGCAAGAGUGCCUCGGAAAGCAUGUUGACUCGCCCAAAGUGUACGAGAAUGGGCUCCCGCCUGAUGUGUUGGGCGUCGGCCACUGCCACAUUGACAGCUGCUGGCUUUGGCCCUGGGCCGAAACAAAGCGCAAGGUAGCGAGGUCGUGGUCCAACCAGUGCGAUCUCAUGGAUCGCUAUCCCGAACUCCAUUUCGCUUGCUCCCAAGCUCAGCAGUACAAGUGGCUCAAGCAAGACUACCCAUAUGUAUUCGACCGCGUGAAGGAAAAGGUGCACAAGGGCCAGUUCCACCCCAUCGGUGGCAGCUGGGUGGAACAUGACACGAACAUGCCGAGCGGAGAGUCCCUGGCUCGCCAGUUCCUCUACGGUCAGCGCUUCUUUGAGAGCAAUUUUGGGGAGAGGUGCAGGACCUUUUGGCUCCCAGAUACCUUUGGAUAUUCGAGCCAACUCCCUCAACUCUGUCGCCUUGCCGGAAUGAACCGCUUCCUAACCCAAAAGCUUAGCUGGAACAACAUCAACAAGUUCCCCCACACCACAUUCAACUGGGUCUCCCUUGAUGGAUCUCAGGUUGUUUGUCAUAUGCCCCCGGCCGAAACGUACACAGCAUCGGCGCAUUUCGGAGACGUCAGGCGCAGUAUGACCCAGCACAAGUCCAUGGGUCAAGACACCAGCUCGCUCUUGGUCUUUGGCAAGGGCGAUGGCGGCGGCGGCCCGACCUGGGAGCACAUUGAGAAGCUACGCCGCUGCCGCGGUAUCACAGACAACCUUUCUCUCGGGCAGACGGAGCUACCCCGCGUGCACAUGGGGAAUUCGGCCGAAGACUUCUUCGAUAAGCUCGAGGCCAAGGCUGACGACUUUGUGACCUGGUACGGCGAGCUGUACUUUGAACUUCAUCGUGGCACGUACACCACCCAAGCCAACAACAAAAAAUACAACAGGUUGGCUGAAGCCAUGCUGAGGGACCUUGAGGGUCUUGCAACGCAAGCCUCCCUCCAAGACAAAGCAUACAAGUAUCCGAAGAAGGACAUCGAUGAUAUGUGGGAGGCGGUGCUUCUCUGCCAAUUCCACGAUUGCCUCCCUGGGAGCUCGAUCGAGAUGUGCUAUGAUGAUUCGGACGAGCUGUACGCCAAGGUAUUCAAGACCGGCGAGGCCAUCUUCAAGGACAUUUUCCGCGUCCUCGGCGUUGCCCGCGGCGCGCCAGACGCCGCUAACCAUCCAGUCGCCUUGAAUACCCUCCCUUGGCAUCGCAAGGAGCUAGUUCAGGUCUCGGAGAGUGAAGUCGGUGUCGCGUGCGGCUCGGGCCAACUCAUUGCGGUUAAGAACUUCAAGACCACUGCGGGCGAGGAGGCGGUCACCGUUGAGGAAGUCUCCAAGGGCGUCUUCGUUCUCCAGAACGAUCAGCUCAAGGUUACCGUGGAAAGCGGCUGCAUAACGUCUCUCUAUGAUCGCGUGAAUGAGCGGGAGGUGAUUGAAAAGGGGCAGAGGGCCAACAAGUUCCUCAUCUUUGACGACAAGCCGCUCUAUUGGCAAGCGUGGGAUGUGGAAGUGUACCACCUCGACACCGCCAAGCCUCUACCUUGCGGAGAGACUCGCAUCUCGGAGAGGAAGCCGCACCGCGUCAGCGUCGUGACCAAAGUCAAGAUUAGCGAGGAAAGCUCCUUGGUGUCUACGAUCAGCCUCUCGGCAGCCCUCAAGGGAGCCCAGUCAUGGGUGGAGUGCCAGGCGGAUGUGGACUGGCAUGAGAAGAUGAAGUUCCUCAAGGUCGAGUUCCCCGUAGAGGUGCGCAAUACCGAGGCAUCCUACGAGACGGCAUUUGGCAUCACUAGACGCCCCACGCACUACAACACAACCUGGGACAUGGCCAAGUUUGAAGUCUGCUGCCACCGUUUCGCUGACUUGUCUGAGCCCGCAUACGGAGUCUCUAUUCUCAACGACAGCAAGUACGGUUUCUCCACCUGCGGUAACCUGAUGAGGCUGUCACUGCUCCGUGCGCCUAAGGCACCUGAUGGCAAUGCGGACAUGGGCACCCACUCAAUCAAGUGGGCCAUUCUACCCCAUGCCGGCGCUCUUGGUCCGUCUACAGUCAAGGCCGCGUUUGCCUUUAACAGUCCAUUGAAGGCCCUAAAGGCACCCAAGGAGAGGAUCGAGACUCUAGUUGGAAAGCGCCCUGUCACCCUUAAUGGAGACGAGUCGUUGAUCCUAGACACGGUCAAGCGAGGCGAGGAUGACAAGGAUGUGGGCCGGGGCGACCUUCCGAGAAGAAAAGGACGAAGCGUCGUGAUCCGCGUGUACGAGAGUCUUGGAAGCCGAAGCCGUGCCGUGGUCGAGACGAGCUGGAACGUCGGAAAGGUAUACAAGUCGAACAUUUUGGAGGAUGACCUAGAGCAGGUGGAGAUGGAGAGCGCUGGCAAGUUCAAGAUAACCCUUCGCCCGUUCGAGGUGGCCACAUACCGCCUCGAGAUUCGGGAUGAUGGCGGCGAGCUUUGA